GCUCCACUACCGAACUGGAACCCGGAGCGGGGCGCCAGCACACCCAGGACACAGUGCCCCAAGGGGCCCCCCCACUGCAAGCUGCUAACUUCAAGUUCCUUGCCUCGGCUGGGACAAACACGCCCCCGCGUCCCGCUCGUAGCAGCCACCGCCGGAGGCUCCCAAGCCUCCCGGUGGAGAUCCGCGCCUCUCGGGUGUCCCCACCCGCCACCCCGACUGUGCCCGGGUCGCCAGCCGCCGGCCCCCAGCAGACUCCGCCCGGCACUCGGCUUCCUCGAACUUGAUUUCUCACCUCCUCUGUCCCGUCACCUCCAUCCUCUUUCCCCCCCCCGUCUCGCCUCCACCCCCUCGAUUUCCUCCUCCUCGCCCCCCAUUUCCACCCUCCUCCCCCUCCCCCGGCCACUUCGCUAACUUGUGGCUGUUGUGAUGCGUAUUCCCGUAGAUCCGAGCACCAGCCGGCGCUUCAGCCCCCCCUCCAGCAGCCUGCAGCCCGGCAAGAUGAGCGACGUGAGCCCGGUGGUGGCUGCGCAGCAGCAGCAGCAACAGCAGCAACAGCAGCAGCAGCAGCAGCAGCAGCAACAGCAGCAGCAACAGCAGCAGCAGCAGCAGGAGGCGGCCGCAGCAGCAGCAGCGGCAGCGGCGGCGGCAGCGGCGGCGGCGGCAGUGCCCCGGUUGAGGCCGCCGCACGACAACCGCACCAUGGUGGAGAUCAUCGCGGACCACCCGGCCGAACUGGUCCGCACCGACAGUCCCAACUUCCUGUGCUCCGUGCUGCCCUCGCACUGGCGGUGCAACAAGACCCUGCCCGUGGCCUUCAAGGUUGUAGCCCUCGGAGAGGUACCAGAUGGGACUGUGGUUACUGUCAUGGCCGGGAAUGAUGAGAACUACUCCGCCGAACUCCGAAAUGCCUCUGCUGUUAUGAAAAACCAAGUAGCCAGGUUCAACGAUCUAAGAUUUGUGGGCCGGAGUGGACGAGGUAGGUCUCUGAUUUUUAAUACUGAUCCUGGGGUAAGCACAUUUCACAGAUGUAUAGUGAUCAGAAUACUGGGUCCCAGGCAGCCGAGGAAUCCCAGGCAGGCACAGUCUUCCCCACCGUGGUCCUAUGACCAGUCUUACCCCUCUUAUCUGAGCCAGAUGACAUCCCCGUCCAUCCACUCCACCACACCGCUGUCUUCCACACGGGGCACCGGGCUACCUGCCAUCACCGACGUGCCCAGGCGUAUUUCAGAUGAUGACACUGCCACCUCUGACUUCUGCCUCUGGCCUUCCUCUCUCAGUAAGAAGAGCCAGGCAGGUGCUUCAGAACUGGGCCCUUUUUCAGACCCCAGGCAGUUCCCAAGCAUUUCAUCCCUCACUGAGAGCCGCUUCUCCAACCCACGAAUGCACUACCCAGCCACCUUUACUUACACCCCGCCAGUCACGUCAGGCAUGUCCCUCGGCAUGUCCGCCACCACUCACUACCACACGUACCUGCCACCACCCUACCCCGGCUCCUCCCAAAGCCAGAGCGGACCCUUCCAGACCAGCAGCACUCCAUACCUCUACUAUGGGACUUCGUCAGCGUCCUAUCAGUUCCCAAUGGUCCCCGGGGGAGACCGGUCUCCUUCCAGGAUGGUCCCGCCAUGCACUACCACCUCGAAUGGCAGCACGCUAUUAAAUCCAAAUUUGCCUAACCAGAAUGAUGGUGUUGACGCUGACGGAAGCCACAGCAGUUCCCCAACUGUCUUGAAUUCUAGCGGCAGAAUGGAUGAGUCUGUUUGGCGGCCAUAUUGAAAUUCGUCAACCAUGGCCCAGUGGCAUGCAGGGGCCACAUCCCACAUGUGUUAAUAUAUACAUAUAUAAAGAGAGUGCC